AUGUCUCAGAACGAUAAUACCAAUACGACUCCCGUUGCCCGAGGCAAGGGGAAAGCGGCACAGCAGACAAAUGCAGAAGGUACAAAUGCAGAUGCUGACGACAAGUGGAUCAACGCUGUGUUUCCACACCUCGCCGACACCGAGCCUCCAGAUCAUCAGCAGCCUGCAGACUCCCGGCCUUCAAGUCCACGAGAACGAUCUCGGACCCCUCUCUAUGAAUGGGAAAAGGUCGAAAUCCGACUCGCUAUGUUCAAAACCCGUCUCUACCGACGGGAUGAAUGGGCCCGUCCUCGGAGAGACCCUUUUGAGGUGCCGCCAAACAGCCCUCACAUCACACCGUCUCCAAGCCCCCCCGAGACGGCUCAGUGGCUGGCGGAGCGGAUGAGAACUGGUGAGUGGCCAAAUAUGCAGCACUGGAGAGACAACCAUUCCUGGGGACCGACUCAAGUAGCCGAUACUGGAUCUCAACAUGCCACGCAGGCUCGCAGUCUCGACAACACUUCAGACGCAGAUGCUGAGAUGCAAGAUACCUUGGGAGCUGAUAGUCCAGGCAUCACUUCAGGCUCAGAUGCUGACAUGCAAGAUGCCCUGAGAGCUAACAGCCCAGACUACGCUUCAGACUCAGACAUUGAAUCUCAAAAUGCCCACCGAGCUAGCUCUCAAGCCAAUUCACCAGAUUCAGUUGUUGAAUCACAAAAUGCCCAACCGGCUAACACUCAAGUCAAUGCCCCAGUUGCAGCUGCUGAAUCGCAAACUCCCCAGCCGGCUAAUAAUCAACUCACCACUCCAGGCGCAGCUGCACAGGGUACUACUACCACGCCAGCAACAGAUUUGCAGGUCACACCCGCUCGGGGUCGCCGACUCGGCCGCACUGCUGGGACUUCGUCUUCCUCUGCGACCGGCGCACCACAGACUCCCGUCCUGGUCGUGGGCAACCGACAAUUGGCGCCGGCCGUCACCGGUGCGCGAAGUCGUUCGAUCCUGGACAUGCCCGGAAGCGAUGUGCCCUACGUCCGCAAUCGGAUCCAUCCGGAACAAAUCCUGUCGCGACGCCUGUCGUACAUCAACGCGAUCCUCAUCCAAUCCCGCGGGGUUGCGCCCACCCAGCCGUGUGACUCGUGCCGCGCCGGCCGCCUCGCGCCGUUUACCUCCUGCCGCCACCUUCCAGACCAUUUCGGCGGUGCCUGUGCCAAUUGCAAGUGGCGUGAUCUGGGAAAACGCUGCUCGUUGAAUCCACAGGCUUCCGUGGCCAGCACGUCGACGACCACGGCGGAGCAGCCGGACGACGGGAACGACGGAGACGCCGAGCAAGCCGCGGCGGACAAUUAA